CUUCACAGCUUGCAGGCUGCAGCGCCAUGACAACGAUAUGUUUAUGUGUUUCUGUCUUUGACACCAGUGUGUCGUUUUAAAUAUUAUAUAACAUAAUAUUAGAACUUCAAUAUACAUUCACAUGUCCAUUCGCUGCUAUUUAUUUCGGUGAACUCUUACCCAGUUAAAGAAGUUAGCUAGCAAUUUAGCUGGCUGGCUUGAAAUCAGCUCGUUAGCUGCCUAGCCUAGCCUAGCCUUGUCUAGCUGGUUGUGUGUUAUCCUUUGGUGAAAAUGUUAAAAGUUAAAAAUCUAAAAGUGAAAAUUCUUUUAAUUGGACCAAGUGAGUGUGGGAAGACAGUAUUGGCAAAUUUUCUCUCUGACACAGUGGAGACAGUCGGAUCUGAAUACAGACCGACACAGGGAGUCAGGAUACUGGAGUUUGAGUCUCAGAAUCUGGGAAGUGGGACCAAAGACAGUGCUUGUGAAGUGGAGCUGUGGGAUUGUGCUGGAGAUUUCAAGUUUGAAGCAUGCUGGCCAGCUUUAAUGAGAGACUCCAAUGGAGUGGUCAUUGUAUUUAACCCUGAUAUUCCAAGUCACCUCAAGGAAGUAGAGACUUGGUACUCGACCUUCAUCUCCUCUCAAAGCCUACAGGCAGGACAGUGUCUGCUCAUAGCACACCACAAGCCUGGUAGUGGAGCAGAUACGUCACACCCUCAGUUAGCCCCUCAAUUGAACAAGCUGCCUCUCAUUCAUUCCAACUUAGAGGAAGACCCUGAAGGGCUGCGUCAGGAGUUCUGCACAUAUCUAGGAAACGUUGCGCAGCGCUUGUCGGAAAGUCUGGAACGUGAGGAGAUGUCCAUUAUAGCAUAACCACCACUUUUUAUAUUCAGACUACAUUAUACACUGGUAUUAUGAGUUAGGACUGAUCAAAUGAAUAGGAAUUAUUAUUAUUAUUUUUUUUAAAACAGAUGUAUCAGAGAGAGUCUGUUGAUAUACAGAAUAUGUAAGUUGAAAUAUGCUGGAGAAUUCCUUUAAAGAUCAUUUAUAAGUAUUUAUGUCUGUCCAAUACCCAGUUAAUAGUUGUUUCUGUGGUAUAUAAGGAAACCUUGAGUUGACACCAAAAAGGAAAGUCAUAUACACCUUUCAGCAUGCUGAAUAAAGGUCUCAGCAUCA